AUGUCGGGACCUCAGAAACCACGCGGUAAGCCAAUCGAACUAUACAGCGGACAAUACUUCGGGGCAUGUGCCCUGGGUGGGAUAAUUGCAUGCGGUCCCACCCAUACGGCCGUCACGCCGCUCGAUCUUGUCAAAUGUCGCCGGCAAGUGGACACCAACCUCUACAAAUCCAACAUCAGCGCCUGGGGGAAAAUCUACAAAGCGGAGGGUGUGCGGGGCAUAUUCUUCGGAUGGUCGCCCACGCUUGUUGGGUAUUGUCUACAGGGAGGCGGCAAAUAUGGGUUCUAUGAGGUUUUCAAAUACCUCUACGGCGACAAGAUGUUUCCCAAUGUCAAUAAGACGGCCAUAUUCUUGGGUGCAAGUGCGAGUGCGGAAUUCUUGGCCGAUCUUGCUCUCUGCCCCUUUGAAGCGGUCAAAGUACGGAUGCAGACCACGCUUCCUCCUUUUGCACAUAAUAUGAGAGAUGGGUUAUCAAAGAUUAUCAAACAGGAAGGAUAUGCUGGACUAUAUAAAGGUCUCUAUCCCCUCUGGGGUCGCCAAAUUCCAUACACAAUGUGUAAAUUUGCCUUCUUCGAAACAACCGUCGAGGCCAUCUAUACCUACCUCGGCAAGUCCAAACACGAGUACAACGGACUUCAGCAAACCGGUGUCUCUUUCCUUGGUGGCUACAUAGCAGGUAUCGGAUGUGCAGCAGUUUCCCACCCUGCCGAUGUUAUGGUAUCGAAAUUGAACUCGGACCGCAAGGCAGGAGAAGGCGCCGGACAAGCUGUUACUAGGAUCUAUGGGAAUAUUGGGUUUAAGGGCCUGUGGAAUGGGCUUCCUGUUCGAAUUUUGAUGAUUGGAACUCUAACGGCAUUUCAAUGGUUGAUUUAUGAUAGUUUCAAGGUGGCGUUGGGUCUACCAACCACAGGUGGUCAUUAG